UACGCAUUUGCGAGACAUCGAACCAUACAGCAACAUGACAAGCAUGGCUUCCGCAGGGCAGUUAAUUCAAGCAGCAUUACACGAAAUAAACACAAUAAAUAUGCAACAUCAAACUCAAGAAUCCUCAAAGAGGGAAACGGAUGCUAGGGAAAAGACGAUCGUGAUGCAACAAGGAGCUCUAGAAUCACUGAAACAAUCCUUAUCCGAUGUGCAACAACUCAUCAAAUCAGAUGUUGUGGUGAAGGAAGUUUCAAAGCCCUUGUUUGCGCUGGAAACUACGAUCAAUGAGCUAAUCGGACAGCCUCUGCAUAUGGAGAGCAUUGAGCUUGUGAACGCUAUUGCCUCGCCCAUUGCCAAGGUUACCGAGACUCUGAAGAACAUUGAUCUACAAACUGCUCAUGUACAGCCCACAGUUGUGGUAGAGGAUUGUCUGCUACAAAUGUGCGAGUCCUUGGAAAAGGCUCAAACGCAACACUCUCUGGAGCGAGCCCAGGAAAGCAUUACGCAUGGCAAGCUUCUAGAAUCGGUGACGAACGUGCAGCAUGACAUUCGUGAAUCUAUCCAGAUGGAGAAGGAUGCUAGGGAAAAGACGAUUGCGAUGCAACAAGGAGCUCUAGAAUCACUGAAACAAUCCUUAUCCGAUGUGCAACAACUCAUCAAAUCAGAUGUUGUGGUGAAGGAAGUUUCGAAGCCCUUGUUUGCGCUGGAAACUACGAUCAAUGAGCUUAUCGGACAGCCUCUGCAUAUGGAGAGCAUUGAGCUUGUGAACGCUAUUGCCUCGCCCAUUGCCAAGGUUACCGAGACUCUGAAGAACAUUGAUCUACAAACUGCUCAUGUACAGCCCACAGUUGUGGUAGAGGAUUGUCUGCUACAAAUGUGCGAGUCCUUGGAAAAGGCUCAAACGCAACACUCUCUGGAGCGAGCCCAGGAAAGCAUUACGCAUGGCAAGCUUCUAGAAUCGGUGACGCACGUGCAGCAUGACAUUCGUGAAUCUAUCCAGAUGGAGAAGGAUGCUAGGGAAAAGACGAUUGCGAUGCAACAAGGAGCUCUAGAAUCACUGAAACAAUCCUUAUCCGAUGUGCAACAACUCAUCAAAUCAGAUGUUGUGGUGAAGGAAGUUUCAAAGCCCUUAUUUGCGCUGGAAACUACGAUCAAUGAGCUUAUCGGACAGCCUCUGCAUAUGGAGAGCAUUGAGCUUGUGAACGCUAUUGCCUCGCCCAUUGCCAAGGUUACCGAGACUCUGAAGAACAUUGAUCUCCAAACUGCUCAUGUACAGCCCACAGUUGUGGUAGAGGAUUGUCUGCUACAAAUGUGCGAGUCCUUGGAAAAGGCUCAAACGCAACACUCUCUGGAGCGAGCCCAGGAAAGCAUUACGCAUGGCAAGCUUCUAGAAUCGGUGACGCACGUGCAGCAUGACAUUCGUGAAUCUAUCCAGAUGGAGAAGGAUGCUAGGGAAAAGACGAUUGCGAUGCAACAAGGAGCUCUAGAAUCACUGAAACAAUCCUUAUCCGAUGUGCAACAAUUCAUCAAAUCAGAUGUUGUGGUGAAGGAAGUUUCGAAGCCCUUGUUUGCGCUGGAAACUACGAUCAAUGAGCUUAUCGGACAGCCUCUGCAUAUGGAGAGCAUUGAGCUUGUGAACGCUAUUGCCUCGCCCAUUGCCAAGGUUACCGAGACUCUGAAGAACAUUGAACUACAAACUGCUCAUGUACAGCCCACAGUUGUGGUAGAGGAUUGUCUGCUACAAAUGUGCGAGUCCUUGGAAAAGGCUCAAACGCAACACUCUCUGGAGCGAGCCCAGGAAAGCAUUACGCAUGGCAAGCUUCUAGAAUCGGUGACGCACGUGCAGCAUGACAUUCGUGAAUCUAUCCAGAUGGAGAAGGAUGCUAGGGAAAAGACGAUUGCGAUGCAACAAGGAGCUCUAGAAUCACUGAAACAAUCCUUAUCCGAUGUGCAACAACUCAUCAAAUCAGAUGUUGUGGUGAAGGAAGUUUCGAAGCCCUUGUUUGCGCUGGAAACUACGAUCAAUGAGCUUAUCGGACAGCCUCUGCAUAUGGAGAGCAUUGAGCUUGUGAACGCUAUUGCCUCGCCCAUUGCCAAGGUUACCGAGACUCUGAAGAACAUUGAUCUACAAACUGCUCAUGUACAGCCCACAGUUGUGGUAGAGGAUUGUCUGCUACAAAUGUGCGAGUCCUUGGAAAAGGCUCAAACGCAACACUCUCUGGAGCGAGCCCAGGAAAGCAUUACGCAUGGCAAGCUUCUAGAAUCGGUGACGCACGUGCAGCAUGACAUUCGUGAAUCUAUCCAGAUGGAGAAGGAUGCUAGGGAAAAGACGAUUGCGAUGCAACAAGGAGCUCUAGAAUCACUGAAACAAUCCUUAUCCGAUGUGCAACAACUCAUCAAAUCAGAUGUUGUGGUGAAGGAAGUUUCAAAGCCCUUAUUUGCGCUGGAAACUACGAUCAAUGAGCUUAUCGGACAGCCUCUGCAUAUGGAGAGCAUUGAGCUUGUGAACGCUAUUGCCUCGCCCAUUGCCAAGGUUACCGAGACUCUGAAGAACAUUGAUCUCCAAACUGCUCAUGUACAGCCCACAGUUGUGGUAGAGGAUUGUCUGCUACAAAUGUGCGAGUCCUUGGAAAAGGCUCAAACGCAACACUCUCUGGAGCGAGCCCAGGAAAGCAUUACGCAUGGCAAGCUUCUAGAAUCGGUGACGAACGUGCAGCAUGACAUUCGUGAAUCUAUCCAGAUGGAGAAGGAUGCUAGGGAAAAGACGAUUGCGAUGCAACAAGGAGCUCUAGAAUCACUGAAACAAUCCUUAUCCUAUGUGCAACAACUCAUCAAAUCAGAUGUUGUGGUGAAGGAAGUUUCAAAGCCCUUAUUUGCGCUGGAAACUACGAUCAAUGAGCUUAUCGGACAGCCUCUGCAUAUGGAGAGCAUUGAGCUUGUGAACGCUAUUGCCUCGCCCAUUGCCAAGGUUACCGAGACUCUGAAGAACAUUGAUCUACAAACUGCUCAUUCAAAGAACUGCCCUCUACCGACGCUCAAAACAUUCAAUUCUAUUCUGCCAGUUUAA